CUCCCUCCCCCUCUCUCUCUCUGUUUGAUUUGGGGGAAGUGCUCAGUAAACCCCGAAAGCUUUAAAAACAACAGGAGUUUACUGUCUGUUUAUGUGGGUCACAGGACAGAGCAAGAGGGCAGAGGGGGGAACAAUGCGCUCGCUCUCUUCGCUGUGGCUGUACGCGGCCCUGCCAGGUGUACUGUGGGCCUCGCAUGUCACUCUUUUGGUGGAAGGAGACAAUGAUGCCUCUAGGAUCUGCAAACCUGCCCCCAACUGGACGAUUAAGGGGCAGGCACCCAUGCAAGAGCUGCUGGGAAAUGUGGUUGUUGUGGCGUUGCUGAAGGCCAGCUGACAGUUCUGUCUCACUCAGGCCUACAAUAUUCGAGGCCUGCGUGACAGGCUGAACCACAGCAACCUGACGGAGGUGUCCUUCAUGAUAGUGAACGAGCGAGAUGCUCACUCCAGAGCGAUGUAUUGGGAGCUGAAGAGAAGAGCUCCAGUCGAUGUUCCUGUAUAUCAGCAGUCACCCUUUCAAGAUGAUGUGUGGGAGGCUCUGGAUGGUGACAAAGAUGACUUCCUGGUCUAUGAUAGGUGUGGUCUCCUCACCUUUCAUAUAGUGCUACCAUACAGUUUCCUGCAUCUCCCCUAUGUAGAGGCUGCAAUCAGAGCCACUUACCUGAAAAACAUCUGCAACUGCUCUGCAAAUUCUACUUUAUCAAGUGGCCAGAACAACGUUAUGAAGAAUGAGACAACACAGGUGAGCAUGAGCCAACCAACCACAUUCCCCACAAUGGCCACUGAUGAUCCAGAGGAGGGAGACAAAGCACAUGGAAGUCAUCAUCACUUCCAUGACCAUCAUCACCAUCACCAUGACCAUCAUCACCAUCACUACUCUCAUACCACUGAGCAGAAUCAGUCCCAGCAUCUGCAGGAUACAAGCCAGAAUAAAACUUCAUAUCAUCAUCCUCUCAGUCAUCAUCACCACCAGCCCCACCAUAACCACAAUCAUUAGACAUUAAACUACAAGAGUUUUUACUUGCCUCUGUCAUCAUUAGUUAGUUAGUUAGAAUCUGAUUCCUUCUUAUUUUGUUUUUACUAAGAGUAUUUUUAGAAUAUGCAGGUAAACAUCAGUUCACUGAGCAGUUGAAUCUGUUUUGAACAGUAAUCAGAUUGUGGUCUCUGCUCUAAUACUUCUACACCUCACUCCUCUGUGUGGGUGAAGUAAGCACUUCUGCCCUAUCUUCUCCAGUUAAUGAAGUCUAUGGUGUGAAACCUGCCUGCAGGAGGCUGUAGAUGGAUGUGUGUGGAGAGAUGGAGCAGACCAACACUUACUGUCAUUCACACAGAGUCAGAGGAUGGUGUGACCUGCGGCUAAGCAGACCUCAGGGAGGUUACUGUUUAAACUGGAUUCAAAUUCUCCUCAGUUCUGUUACUUUUAUUAUUGCUUUUAUUACUUAAUACUCAAUUUUGCAUGUUUUCUGUGUUACUCUGAUUUCUAAAUAAAAGUAAGUAACAACUAAGUAAGAUUAUUUCGAUCUAGGAUUUAAAAGAAGAUACAUUUAAUUGACAUUUUAUCUGUAAAAGCAUUCAAAUAAGAAAAAUUAAAUGAAAAAUUAAAGUAGCUCUUAAAGCUGUUGCCUGUGUAGUUCAUGUGAAUUAAUUUGUGAAGUUGUGUAUCCUUGCUCCUAUUUCCUUUAUAGUAAAGAAAGCCUUUCAUAAAAACAA